UAAGAGCAGCUAGCUGGCAGCGGCACAACACCUGAGGCAGGUUACCUGUACAACAAACCUAUCUACCUGCUCUUCUAAUCAUAAGAUGGACCCAUAUUUACAGAACGUACUGUUCAUAAUGGCAUUGCUCUUUCCUCUCUGUAUUACUGCCUAUCCCAGUGGACAGGGUAUAGAGGGUUCAUGCACCUCAAUGAUUCCAACUCAUGGAGCAUCAGCUCAAACAAGCAGCGCCCCUUAUACUGUGGGACUUUCUAAAUGCACGUACAGUUCAGGAGAGAGGAUUACAGUCACUCUCAGCACUAAUUCUGGUGGAUCCCAGUUCACUGGCUUUCUGAUCCAGGCUCGUGCCGGUAGCAGUAACACACCUAUAGGAUCUUUUGAGACCAGUAACUCAAAUGCACAAACGUUGACGUGCACUUCCAGUGCGACUGCAGUGAGCCACACAAGUAGCUCAAGGAAGUCAAGUGUGCAAGUAACCUGGGUAGCACCAAAAGAUAACAUUACGGAUAUCCAGUUGAGAGCCACGGUUGUACAAGUGGAAAAGACAUUCUGGACAAAUGUUGCUAGUUCUAAACUUUUCUAUGUCACAUCGUCUUCAUCCAAUAGCACGGGAAACAUCGAUUGCGUACUGGGUAAUAACGGGUUUUCUAUUCCUACGGUACAUGGACUCCUGCUUUUUGCAAUCAUCUCCAUCACCAAUCUCAUUUGAAUCUACAGAUAAUUAGUCCAAGUGAUUGAGAAGAAAUCAAAACAGAGCUCCCCUUGUAUAACAAACAAUGGUAGUUGUCCAGUUAGACAUUGGCAAAUGAUAUAAUGAUAUAUUUCAAUCAGCUUGCAGGCCUUUCUCAUCCCAGGAAUCUGCACUUUUGAAGAAGUGAUAGACUCUGGCAAGUUAAAAUGCUUUAUGUGUCUUGAGUGUUUUUUAAUUUAAGUGCAUGAUUAUUAUAGACUAAAACAUUAAAUGAAUAAAAUGAUUUAGCUGUGAGUAAAGGCACAAAAUAUGAUUGAUAUAAACUUGCUAUG